AUGAAGAUUAAAGAGUGCAUACAGAAAAUAGUUGGAAGAAGCAUUUUUGACAGCAGAGGUGUUCCUACGGUGGAAAUAGACAUGCAGACUGUGCUAGGGAAAGUACGGGCUAGCUGUCCGUCCGGGGCAUCCACGGGCUCCCAGGAGGCUCUGGAGAUAAGAGACGGGGAUAUGUCCGUGUGCAUGGGGAAAGGCGUGCAGAAGGCGCUUAUUGCAGUGGAGGAGAUAGCAAGCCUCCUGAUAACAAAAGAAACAAGAAUAAUCGAUCAGAAGAAGAUAGAUGGUCUUAUGGUGGAGCUUGAUGGCACAGAAAAUAAGAGCAGACUCGGAGCCAACUCGAUUCUCCCUAUUUCUGUGUGCUUUGCUAGGCUGGGAGCCCUUUACAUGGGAAUGGAGGACUGGAUGUACCUAAGAAUGCUUAUAAACGAUGACAAAGCACCGAUAGAUAUGCAAAGUGCCUCUAGUGCUACCUCUACACAGACAGAAGAAGUGAAGAGACUUCCACAGGGCGGUGUUGUGAUAAGCAAUACGAACACCAAUAAUGCAUCGUACAGCUCGAAGGAUCAAGUGGCAAGAAAGGAAAUGGCUAAGAAGAUAGCUGAAGAGUACGACAGUAAGUACGUUAAAAAAGAAGAGGUAGAGAAAAGAAGACAGGAGGAGAGCACCCGCAACAAAAAAACAAAAAAAGAAGAAUUUGGAAAAGACGCAAAAAAAACAAAGAUAAGCUUUCCAAAGAUAUUCUUCAACGUGAUAAAUGGAGGAGCGCAUGCAGACAACGGACUAUUUGCACAGGAAAUAAUGGUCUCCUUCGAAGGAUCCACGCCGUACAAAGUCCUGACACUGGCCUCUGAGUUCAUACAUACGCUGAAAAUAAUCGUAAAAAAAGAGUAUAAGCUGACAGGUGUGGGCGAUGAAGGCGGCUUUGCUCCUCCAGUGAGCUCUUUGGAAGAGGCGCUGGAUCUGAUCCAGGCUGCGUCCAAGAAGUGCGGCAUAAAGCCUGUUAUUGCCCUAGAUGUGGCAGCAUCUGAGUUCUACCAGGACGGAAAGUACAAUGUUGGAUGGAAAACAAAGAGCAAGCUGCUCACAUCAGAGGAGAUGGUUGCUUAUUACCUGAAAAUCAUUGACACGUACAAAAUAUCAAUGAUUGAAGACCCGUUUGACGAGAAAGACUAUGCGGGCUGGAAACAGUUCAUGAAGGCUGCUGCAAAAAAGAGCGUGCAGGUGGUUGGAGACGAUUUGAUUGUGACAAACAAGAAACUCAUUAAAAAGGCAGGGGAAGAGAAGCUGUGCAACGUGGCUCUGAUAAAGAUGAACCAGAUAGGAACAGUCUCAGAGACGAUUGAAGCAGUGAAAGAAGCGAGAAAGCAGGGAAUGAAGGUCAUGGCCAGCCACAGGAGCGGAGAAACAGAGGACACCUUUCUAGCACAUCUCUCUGUGGGGCUUGCAGUUGACUAUCUGAAGGCUGGGUCACUCUGCAGGACAGAAAGAGUCUGCAAAUACAACGAGCUUGUUCGAAUAUUUGAAAAGUCUAAGAUAGACACGAUAUGA